AGGAUAAAAUGAGCCAGUUUUAUGGGAUAACUUCCUGAUCAAAUGAAUUAAUAUUCACAAUGAAAGGAGAUAUGAGAUCAGAGAAUGACUUUAAUAGUGGUGUCUUCUGCUAAAGAGGGAUUUGAUAAUCUGACGAAAGAGAGUGCUGCUGCAUCAGAUGCUGUUCAGCAUCAACAUGCAGAUGAUUUCACUCCACCCUUCCCUUUCACCUCUUUUGCUCAGCAUCUUUAUUUAACAUCAAAGGAUUUUUACCCUUGUCUAGCUGCGAGCUGGAAUUCAUCUGGACACAUUGAUCGACGAGACUGGAACUGGACUAACGGACUGUCCCUUGCUGGAUUCUGAUUUUUCUAUCUCCGAAAUUCUAUUGGGUGUAUGCGCAUGUCUGAUUGUGAGAUUGUGUGGCGAUUGUGUGGAUGUGAUUUAGGGAAUGUCUGCCUUGCUGUGUCCGUAACUAUUUCUGUAUUCUUGCUGUUGGAUUUUGUUAUUUCAAAGUAUGGCAUUGCUGGCCGGUGUUUUGCUUUGUGCUGCCGAUGUCUGCCGAGCACCCGGCCUUUGGGUUAACCCUUAGCGUGCCACAGGCAAGAUGAGUGACAGCUCUGUGAACAAUUCGGGGGCUAUGGUUCUGGAGGAGCCAGAGGGACGGGGUGGCUCUGGUGGACGUGAACAAGGCCAGGCCCCUGUGCGGGGUGGGGUAUUAAGGUGUGGGACCUGCACCCUAUGGCCUCGCCAGCAGACCUGGCUCUGCGUGGUUCCACUUCUCAUCGGCUUCAUAGGCCUGGGGCUCAGUCUGAUGCUGCUGAAAUGGAUUGUAGUGGGUUCGGUGAGAGACUACUUACCAACAGACUUGGUAGACGCCAAGGGUAUUGGCCAGGACCCCAUCUUUCUUUCUAAGCCUAGCACUUUUCCUAAGGGAUCUGACAUCACUACCACCACCACUAUUGGAGGGGUCAGCUCAAUCAGCCCCACUGUCACCACAGUGGUGCAGGGCAGAACUCGAACAGGAAGCCCCCCAAACAUUCCCGCUACAGGUGGCGGGGCGUCAGGCAACCAGGUGACACAGAAGAGCCCCUCUAUGCGCUUUGUCACACGCAAUCCCACCUUUGCGACCACCGUGGUCUCCACCACCAUGUCUACUGUCCAAACGUCCACCUCGAGUCCCUCUCCCUCCAACCCCACCAUUCUAAAUGACUCCACCCAAAUGUGGACCAGAGAGCAGCCAUCCACUGAGAGGCACGUGACCACACCUGGUCGAACACAUGUCAGCCAAAAGACACCAUCACCAACUCUACCGCCUUUGAAAUCUGAGCAUUUCAAGCCAUGUCAGGAGAAAGACCUGGCCUACUGCCUGAAUGACGGGGAGUGCUUUGUCAUCGAGACCCUGAGUGGCCCACACAAACACUGCAGGUGUAAAGAGGGCUUCCAGGGUAUUCGCUGUGACCAGUUCCUGCCUAAGACUGACUCCAUUCUGUCUGACCCAAUGGAUCAUUUGGGCAUUGAGUUCAUGGAGAGCAAGGAGGUGUACAAAAGACAAGUGUCUAUCACAUGUAUUGCCAUGGGGAUCAGCUUUCUAGGCACCCUCUGUAUGGCUCUCUACUGUCGGAACAAGAGUCGGAGAGAAAAGCUCCAGGCCCACUUGAAAGAGAGCCGCAACCAGAAAAAUUACAGCCUCACCUCUUCCAGUCUGACCCCCAAGCCCAGCCUCAGGCCACAGCAAGGCCUGCAGCUCCAGAAAUAUUAUAAACCCACAAAGUCCACACCACCUCAUAUAGGCACUGUUCGAGAAUCCAGUUUUGCACAGAACACUGAUGCCUCUACUGAUCUACAGGGCAAACAUCCCAGGAGCAGUUCCUUCUGUCACAGUCCAGAUCAAACCUGUCGUCCUGCUCUUCAGUCUGGUUCCCGCAAAACUCCACCCAUAACCAGAGGAUGUCUCAAUGCCAUUGGAGGAUCACAAGAGUCUGGUCCCGCCUACCAGCACCUGCAGGAAGUAGACAGCUCAGAGGAGUCAGUGAGAAGGAAUAUCUUGGGCCCAGUAAACGACCUACAUCAGGAUUCAUUUUACAAUAUGCAAGCUUCACAAUCCUCUAUAUCAUGGGGCAGUCACUUAGACCACAGGUUUGCUAGGAGCCUCAGGUCGAGCCCCUGUAGCCAAAGUCCUCCUGCUCCAUACCGGCCCUGCUCUAUCCCUAUCAUCCCCUCUGUCCAUUCCUACCAGGACGAGGUCUCCUGUAUGCAAACAGCCACUAUUAAUGGAAGCAGCCACAGUUCAGCUCCCCUGGAAAGCAUAGUGGAUGGUUCUGCUGUCAAUCAACAAUCUAAUGCAACAAUGUCCAAUAGAAUGGCUGGUAGACGAGCAGAAGUAGCCUCUCUACUAGACGAGGCUCAGGAACAGCUGAGAGCCCUAGCACAUGCCAAGAGGAAACAAGAGGAAGUCAAUGGUUCCAUCCCUCAGGGGGCCAAAGAGACUGUGUGCAUCCUUUUAGCAAAUGGAGGCGGGCAAGCGGGAGUGGCCUCUUUUGGCCCUACAGAGACUCAGUUAGUGAGCCCGAGAGACACACACAAAGAUGCUACAAAGCCUUGCCAAUGAGAGGGUUAGGAUGGGUCAACCGGAAUAACCGCAAACAUCCCUCGUGUUUUGGACAGCAGACUUCAGAAUGCUCUGCCAAACUGGGAUACCACUGAACCUAUCAUUACAAUUCUGAGGACCUGCUGUGAGUAGAAGUAUAAGAGAGUAACAGUCUCGAACAUGUGAAAAGAUUAUUUAUUUAUAUGCAUUUAUUUAAGGAGAAACUUCUACUUAGAAAAAGAAACCAAAUAGUCUGACAUCUCCAUGGUGUUUUUAAUUGUAUAAAAUUUACAUAAAUAUAUAUAAAUGGAUAUAAAUAUAUGAAUUCAAUCUGGUGACCAAGUACAAAAAAAAGGAAUAUGGGAAUGAGAAACUUUAUUUAAUGUAUCAGCUCCUCCACAUCUUUGAAGACUCAAUGCUCGGUGGUUAAAAUAAAUGACAAAAGGAAAAAGACAAACAAAAGAAACAAAAAUAAUUUGUUUUUUUCAUUUGUUCCACUCCAUAUUUGCAGCCAACCUAAGCUUGUCCAACACACAAUCUUGUGUUUUGCACCUGCAACAGCUGUGUUUACUAUCACCCACCCAGUCACUGUCCUCUGCCUUGCCACGGAAUAUGGCUCCAUUUGCCUUGAAAACAGUGCAAACGGAACACGGAUUACAAUGAGACAAAACUUCUAAAUGAUAAUCGUAUCCAGGAAUGAGGUAACUGAUAGUUAAGCACUACCUCCAAGUCAUCGAUUGGAAAAAAAUAGGUGUGUCUGUAAGUUUGUGGAGCAAUCUGCAUUGUUUUCUGUGCCUCUGUGCAUUCACUCCUAAAUUCAUUUUGGUUCAGUUUUAAGUAAAGAUAAGCUAAGUGAACAGAGCACAUCGUACUGCACACCUAGCUUUGGAUUGAGACAGACUAUUUCUGUGAAUUUUCAACCAAAUGUGGUAAGAAAGAAAAAUGAACAAUGAAUUGUUGGUGAAACUGUUUCUUUGUUUCUUAUGUGUUUUUUUUUUUUUUUUUUGGUUUUUUGGUUUUUUGUUUUUGUGUUUUUUGUUUUUUCUGACCCCCAAUUCACACAAUUGUGCAUGUUGAUGGUAUUGUUUUGCAGAGUUAAGCCAUGAAGACAGGCAGUGGGUUUUUAACAGUCUUUGAUAAAUGUCACAAUUGUAUUCAGAAGUUACAUGCCCUUAAUGAUUUACAUGGAGCAUAAGACAUCAUAAUUGACAUGUCUGCUGAUUUCAACCUAAAUCCUGGUGUAUCAACUUUAAAAACAAAUGAAUGGUCUGUUAAGUUUAUAGGUCAGUCUAAAUAGUACAGAUUUGGUAUGAUCAAUGGCUGCAUUAUAUCUUGGAUGUCUUUCUGCAAUUCUAUCUUUUUGUUUCAAUGUGCUGUUGUUCCUCUUCAAACAUUUUUAAGACUGCCAGAUGUGGCUCUGUUUUAUAGGCAUUCUUCUUUGUCUUCAAUGCAUCUUGAAUUUAUCUUUCAUCAGAGAAGCUGUGUCCACCCUACCAACCCUAACCCAAAGCUAAGAUAAAACAAAACGUCUCCUGGUAAGAAAGCAAAGUAAAAGUUAGUCUGUCGUGGAGAGGGGCUAUAAGGGCAUACAGAUAAGAUUCUCACUUGAUCUUAUAAGAAAUUUCCCUGGCUGAGGCAAUGCCACUACCCGUGAAUAGCUACGUGGACAGCUUGUCUGUCAAGCUAUACUAUAAAACACUACCACCAUCAUAUGAAAGGGUGCUGUGAUGCCAUGCUACUCUCCAUGAUCCAUGCACAACUUACCACACGCCCCACUGAGAGCGAGAACCACUAAUGGCGACCACAAGGAAUUUACCCCAAGUGACUCUACCCUCCCUAGCAACCGGCCAAUUUGGUCGCUUAGGAGACCUGGCUGGAGUCACUCAGCACACCCUGGAUUCGAACUUGUGACUCCAGGGGUAGUAGUCAGCGUCAAUACUCGCUGAGAUUCCCAGGCCCCCUAUGCAUUGCAUGUCUUAAAAGAAAGAGUGGCAUGGAUGUCCUUUCCUUUUAUUUUUUUUCUACCUCACUUGAAAAUGAUUUAAUAGAGUUUAAAACAUCAAUUAUUACAGUAAACUUAGCAAUUAGUCAGAGUCUUAUAUCUACUUUGUUUUAAGUGACUAAUUUCUGCAUCAACGUCCAUAUCCUUUCUGUUUUCAAAUCAAUUGCCUUUUCAUUUUCUCUCAGCUGAAAACGUUAGAGUUAAAAUUAUUAGAUGGCAUGCCCACUGGUGGUCAGUUUUUUUUUAUUUUUUUUAUUGAUUUUUUUAUUGAUUUUCAAAUUGUGUAAAUGUUCGGGGUUUUUUUUUACUAGACAGGUGGUUAAGUCAUGCUAGAAGUCCAAUAUUGAGUGUAUAAAACUUCACUGAUGCAACUAAGAUGAUGCCACAUUACUAACUGAUCUAUAAAACAGACUCAUUCAUAUCCAGGUAGCAGCAAAUAACUGUUCUCUAUGUUACAGCUGAAGUUCAUUUUAAAUUGAAAUGUUUCAUUUGAGCUGGAAAAUAUUUUGUUUACAAGUGCUUGAGUAUAUUGAAAUAUGUUUUGGCACAGUAAUUACAAUGUAUGGUACUUUAUGCUGUCAUUUUGACUUAUUCCAGACUGUAAGGUGCAGUAAAUGUGACAACUUAAUGAAAUAAUGACUGAAGACUGUACAUUGAAGGGUCAUCUUUGCAAGAUCUGUUUCAACAGUAUACACACUCCGCAACUGUGCAAAAUGGUGUUACACAAGUGCAAGUGAAACUUCAUGGUUCUGAAUAACAGCCCCUUGACAUGUGCAAUUUCAAACUCGAGAAAGGAAAUUUCUGUUCAUUCAUGUGAGAAAUUAUUAUUAUUGCCAUCUCAACUGAAAUAGUUUGUUUUUCUUUUAAUUUAAUUCAUUUUUAUUUUUUUCAAUAAAGAUGAAUCUUCAA